UGUCAACAUUAUCUGUCUGUCAUCACUAUGAUAACGGCCGCGCACGAUUUACAUAUUAUUUGAAUUGAAUAAUUUUUACGACAAACUGUAAAUCCUUCGCACCUCCUUCUCCUCAUUUCAAUUUUGCAUAAAAAAUACACCAAUAAAAAAUGGAAACUAAAAAUACGAAAAAUGAUCAAAAGAACCGGUUUUUGAAGCUCUCUCUAAAGAAGAAUAGGCUGAAGAUAGAUCAAGAAUUAUCAAAGCUCAAUCGUAGCUCAGAUGUAAUAAUUCUUGAUGAGUCAUUUGAUAGACUGAAAUCAGAUUUACACAAUAAUGUACAGAAUGCUCAACUAAUUUAUUCCCCAAUCAUCAUAAAUGAUUCCUGUGAAUCGACAAAUGAGAGUUUACCAAAAAUUGACAUUUCUGACAAACAAAUUAAAAGUCCAAACAAGAAUGGAAAUGUGUCAUUUAAUUGUUCCAAGGAAGAUGUUUCUAUAUCAGAACCCAAAAAUGCCAGACCCAGUAUUGGAGGAUGGUCUCCAGCCCAAAACAUAAUCCUUGCUACACCCAGAUAUGAAACAGUGCCUUCAACACCUCGAGAUAUAGCAAAUGAAUCUUUAGAACAAUGUUCCAUGAAAAAAAUACAACAAUCACAGAAGAAACUGUUAGAUGACCUUUAUGGCGAAGCUUGGAAAUCGAUUCCUACACUUUUCAAAACCAUAUCACACAACUAUCCCAAAAUGGAUGGUGUUUCAAAGAAACUACAGUAUGAUGACGAAGAUAGUGAUAAGGAAAAUAUUAGGAGUGAUUUGGAAAAAAACAAACAGUUAUAUUUAACAGGUUCCGAUGUGAAACGAAAAGUUAUGAAUUAUGGGGAUACGGAGAAGAAAUCAAAGAAAAAAUUGUAUACAGAAAAAGUACCAAAUACCCCUGAUAUUCCAAGGACGAGAGUUGUAAGGACUCGUAAUGUGAACAGCACAACGAAAAAAACAAAAGGCAUGUCUGUAACAGAAUUAGUAGAGAUUAUGAGGAAAGAUGAAAUAGAUAACAAUGAUGUGGGUUUAAUAACGAAAAAGGUUGAAAACAUUUCUGUUACUCCUAAGGUUUUGGCGAACAAAACUGAAAACUUGCCUGUUACGCCAGAUGUUGCAGUAAAGAGGUUAAGCUUUAUGGGCUCUCUAGCAGACAAUGUUCCGACGUGGCGGUGUCACCCCGAAGCUUUUCAAUAUAAGGACAAUUAUAAGACAAUGCGGGAACAAUUGGCCAGGCGAUUGUACACCGAAUUUAAUGAAAUAGUCUUCGAUAAUACUCUAGAAGAAGACAUGCCUAUACUGUGGGACAGUAAACUCAGGAGUACUGCUGGGACGACAACGAAUCGUCUACUAAAGAACUCUAAAGGGGACAGGCGAAGGACGUCGAGUAUAAAGCUAUCCACAAAAGUGAUAGACACCCCACAGCGACUCCGCGACACGUUGAUACACGAACUGUGUCACGCGGCUACUUGGCUCAUAGACGGCGAACUACGGGCUGGACAUGGCCCUCUAUGGAAAAAAUGGGCAACACAUGCUCUACGCAAAUUUCCUGAAUUAGGCGAGAUAUCAAGGUGUCACGACUUGCAGAUAUAUUACAAAUAUUCAUAUAAAUGCACCAAGUGUGGUUACAAAAUUCAGCGACACUCCAAAUCGAUAGAUAUCACAAAGAAAUGCUGCGGUUACUGUAAGGGCACCUUCGAGCUGAUUCUCAACAGAAAGAACAAAGAUGGCGUAAUUGUGUCCACUCCGGCUAGGAAGGGCGGUGCGAAUGACUUCGCUUUGUACGUUAAAGAGAAUUAUGGACAAAUGAAAGACGGUGGGCGGUCCCAUGGUGAGGUUAUGAGGUUGCUUGGAGAACAGUUCUCGGCCAAGAAGAAAUUGUGUACAUAAUAAUUAGGUUUUAUAUACAGAAUAGCAUAUGGUAAUACUGGCAACAUAUACACUACAUGAAAAAUAAAAAAAAAAGAAUUAUUAAAAUUAUGAAUAAAAAUAACGAUUUUUAAAAGCCCUUAAUACUGGCAACUUGCAUUAACUGUCAUUUAAAAAAAUAAUUUAAAAAAUUUCAAAUGACAUUAUAAACUACUCCAGAGACCCUAUUUUUGUUACAAAAAUAUUCAGUUCAAUUUAAUAGCUUAGUUACUGGCAACAUUAUGGUGGCUUACCAUAAGAAUUUAGAUAUUUAUUCUACAGUAACUAAUAUUCUGCCUGUUCUGUAAAGGACUUAAUCUGAAGAUAUACAGAGUAAUAGAACAUACAGAGCAACUGUUAGUAGAAUAAACAACAAAAAAUACCUUUCUGUUGGUCCAAUUUGAUAAACUAUCUCUUGUUAUAUUUAAUAAUGUACUAAAAAAAGAAAUUGUUACAAGAUUAACAAUCUGGUUACGUUGUGUGUAAACAGUUAUUUAUUUUUUCAAUAAAGGUGCGAUCACGACAUAUAAUUGUAUACAAUAAACAAAUUUGUAUAGGUAAGUAUACAUUGUUUUUAUUGUUUUAUUUAAUUGAUUUGAGAAUAAGUUCUUUUGAAGACUGAUUUGUAAUAUUUUAUGUGACUAUUGUACUGGUUACAAUUUAUUUAUAUUAACAUAUAUUAAGUUUAAUUAAUAUAUUUAAAACAGCUUUUAAACUAUUAUUUGAUUGAAACCAUAUCAAAAAUGUUUGAUCUACCCAAACUUAAUUCAGACAGAACUGUCGUAUUAUUUUGAUUAAUAGAAACAAUUGUAUUGUUCCUACUGACUUUGUAAACUUAUGUAGCCAAUAAAUUUUAAUUAUAUAAAGAUACAAUAAGGACAUUUCUGAAGCGUCUUAUCUCGAAACCUCUCGAAUAUAAAUUUCAUUUUUAUAUAGCAAUGAAAUCUUUAUUGUAAGGACCAAUAUAAACUAAUUUUCUAAUAAAUUUAAGUCUAUGUAGUUUAUGAUGACCCAUAAAAGAGAUUUAACAAUAUCAUCAAUAUAAAAUAUUAGGUAAAGGUAAAUUAAAAGUAAUGAUACCUCAGAAUCGAACAUUUGAGAAAAAAGAGCUUUUAAAUGAUAAAAGGGUUCAAUGUAUCGCAUAUGUCAAAAAUAAAAUUUAACAUUUUGUUAUUAAAUAUAAAAUGAUGUUUUAUAGUUAGUGAUUAGUGAGUAUUUACUCAGGACUAAGUAAGUCAUACUCAGUAGAAAUGAGUAAAUUUUCGAUAUUUUACUAAACAUAGUCGUGAAGUGAAGUGAAAUUUCGAGUUGGGUGGUUCAAUGAAGAGGUAGCUCAACUGUUCACUGGUGUAGAAGGUACGGGUUCAAAUCCGAUCUACUUUAUUUCUUUUCAAUUGCAAAAUAAUUUUAUUGAAACAUUCUUAUUUUAAUAAUAAUCAAUUUCUAUUGAGUAUUUAUUAAUUUCUACUAGUAUAUGUGAAAAUUAGACUCCCAAAUGUUUUUAUAUAUUUUUACUAGGUUUUGUUUGAAUAAUUUAGUAUAAUAAUCAAAUUUUUAUUAUAAUUUUAUUAUUACUAUAAAAUAUUAAAUUAUUAGAAUUUACUGUUAACUAAACUAAGUGUUAUAAACCGGUUUGUUAAGGUGAUUAACAGAAUAAUUUGAUAAACGACUGUAUUGUUACUGAGGCGAUUGACAAAAAAAAUUGAGAAAUUAUUGUAAUUAAAUGAUUUUUUAUAUAUAAAAUUCUACAUCAAUUUGUCUAGUAAUAUUUAAUUUCUGCACAAUGUAACCAAUAACGGAACGUUAAUUUUGAUACGUUACCCUAGUUUUAAUAUUUCUAUAAAUAUGUACAUAUUUGUGAAUAAUAUUUGACUUGUUGAAGCGUUGAUUUAUGCGUUUUAUUUGUAAACUAUAUUCAAGGUCAUGAUUCAAGAUCAUUGAAGAUCAUCCAGACAAGAACUAUUGAGAUCAGAAGGGAAAAAAUGUUAGGGCACUUGAUACGACACGACGGACUUAUGAACAUUAUUAUAGAAGCUAAGAUAGAAGAAAGGAAGCGAAGAGGGAGAUCAAGGCAUAGUUACAUCAGGCAGAUCAAGGAAAAACUUGGUGUUGUGUCGUAUCAAGAGGUGAAGAGACUCGCUGAAAGUCGUAGUGAGUGGCAAGAGCUUCACCGACAAAAGAGCAGCUCUUAAAUAAGAUAGAUUCCAUACAUAAAAUCUUUGUCCUCAGAAAUGGCAAUACACGAAUGGCACUAUGGGCAUUAUAGUUUGUUCUGUGGUAUCAUAUUAAUAGACGAAGGUUGCCUUCCAUUAGGUGGGCCGUCAGCUUCUUUGCCAUUUCAUAUUGCAUAAAAAUAUUAAUUUCAUUCCUUAUUUAAUUUUAAUUAUAAGGGACAACUUUUUCAUUAUUUUUAAUAUUUUUGAAACCAUAAUGAAGAAUUAAAAAAAAGUGCACUAAACUAGUGCAUGGGGACUGUUAGUCCUCGUUAGCAACAUUGCUCUCAGGUCAGGUCGACCCCCUUUGGAAACCAUUGUGGUUAAUUUCUAUUGAAUUUAAAGCGAUGGUAUUUGUAGAAUGUAAAUGUUUAUUAAUACUCCGUAAUGUUUAAGAUCUCCGGCCGGCAGUCGAGCGUUGUCGAAUUGUGCUGCCACCACUAGAAAUAUUAUUAUAGUUAGUCGUAGAAACAGAAUGCCAAUUACUUUAUCCUCAGUCUAUGACACUAGUA